CGCUGGCCACCCUGGACAGAUGUGAGACGUCGUUAUGUCUGAGUGAUUUCAGCGAGGACAUUUCAGACUUUAACUAUCGUGACGUUCUGAUUAAACAUGCAGCCAAAGGAGCAUAAAUAAACAAUAGUUUAAAGAUAACAUAAGACAUAAGAAAUGGUCGGAAAAUUGACUAAAAUCGUGAAACAUACAGUCAGCUUUAUUCAUAUAGCUUAAUAUCACAAAUCUGCCUCAAGGGGCUUUACAAUCUGUACAGCUCCUUAGAAUCUGUGAUGUCUCUUGUUAAUAAAAAAUAACAAAACAAAAAAAAAAGACGAAAACACGACGAUCAAAGCAACCAAGCCAAAUGGGCAGUAACAAAGUGAUUUAUUUCCAACACAAUGCCACGAACAUAUUACAGAGGUUCUCAAAGUAUGGCUGGGGAUUGGACAGGUAGGCUGUGCCAAACAAAAUGAGGUGAAAACAAUCCAACAAAACCAGCCUUAGCUAAGCUAGGAUCAAAAGUAGGAAAACAAAUAGGUAGAAUCUUAUGUACAACAAUAACUACACAAAACGUACAGAGAUGGCACCAACCACUAAACCUAGUGUUUCUAGACAGACUGUGAACUACGUGAGUGAAAACAUGUACAGGGUACCACAAACUUACCUAACAUCCAACCUCUUUCCAUAUACCUUUCUUUAUAAAGUUUGCUCACACACAAUCCAGUCACAUAACCGGCGUCACAGAGUCCAACACUCUGCCCCUGAACUCUUCUGGCAGGUUUCUUUUAUAGCGGGCUUGGCAUAACGAUUGGCCAGCUUUAGAAUCGGCUGGAUGGCACAGAUGCAAGCCAAUCACCUGUUAGCUCCUGGAGAGGACACAGAAGAAACCACAGGGAGGGGAGGGAGAGACAAAGCAGGGAAGAAAACCAGCAAAGCCUGCUUGGCACUUAGCAAGGGUUUUAAUUCUAUUUUUCUUUGAUACAUGACUUAUGUCCAGUGCCUCUUCUAUACUGAUAACUUCAGGAAUUUGGAUUAAUUGCCAUCUGGAAAAUGGUGGAGGUUUGGGACAUUCUGAGUGAAUCUGAAUCAGAAAUUUUUCCUCUAAUAUUUUUUUAUAGCAGUUACUGUAAUACGAAAGUGAUUUUUACUUUGGGUCUCUGUUUCAUCUGAUAUCACUUUUCACAGAGAUCAAUAUUUUUAGUCAGUUAAAAUUUUCUACCAGAGCUCCACAACAGGUUUUUACUUCGACUAGCAAAUCUGAACAGUAAAUCCAAAACACAAGAAGUCUUUGCCAAAUGUGUCACUGCUGAGUGAAUUCAUCACCCCACUAUUUAUGUUGCUAUUGUUCUACGUUGUCAUGCAGUUAUAUUGUCAUAAUAUGUCCUUUACAUUUUCUCAAGUGGGCAAGCACCACAUAUGUGCAUGCAGUGUGUUAUGUAUGGAUAGAUAAUAGUCUAGUGUAUGGAUAAUAGUUCAAAGCUGGUCUGAGUCACACAUCUGCAUUUGCAUUAAUGAGUGUUUGUGUUAAAAAUCUGAUGAAGAUGAAGUGAAAGGCACCUGACACACAGCGAUAGACAACCUACUUCAUUUGUGUAUUGUACUACAGCAAUAAACCCCACUCAUUUAAGACUUCAAACAGAAUAGGAACAAAAUCUCUGUAGUACUUUUUAAAUUUAGUUAAGUCAAGAGAAUCUUUACUGUAUCCUUCAAAAGGAAGUUAUUGUCAGUACAGUGAUUUUCCCCUUGGAGCUACACAGGACUGAAAAAAAUACAUGUUCAUCUGUCAUUCAGCAUAUUCUUGGUGUGGUCGUGUUUGAUAUUGCAUGAUAGUGCAUGUUGUUAAAUAGUUUAUAGUAAUCAUGAUUUCACCCCUCCAGGUUGACAUCAGCCUUUUGGGAUGGAGGGCACAGGCAGCGGCUGGGCAGCUGAGCUCACCCCCCCACGUGCGAUGCAUGAGGUGAAUGGGAGCGACACCGGUCAGGUCUUCGAGGUGGCGCUGCAGAACAGCUCAUCCAAGCGCAGCCCUCAGUUUGUGGGUGUCGAGCUGCUGCAGUCCUUCAAGCUGCUCAUCAUUCCCUGCUACACUCUGGUAGCUCUGGUGGGCGUCUUUGGAAACUACCUGCUCCUCUAUGUCAUUUGCCGCACCCGCAAGAUGUACAACGUCACCAACUUUUUUAUUGGAAACCUGGCAUUCUCUGACAUGCUGAUGUGUGCUACAUGUGUCCCCUUCACACUGGCCUACGCCUUCAACCCACACGGCUGGGUCUUUGGCAGCUUCAUGUGCUACCUGGUGUACCUCAUCCAGCCUGUGACGGUGUACGUUUCAGUCUUCACUCUCACUGCCAUUGGUGUUGAUAGAUACUAUGCCACAGUUCAUCCUCUGAAAAAGCGCAUCUCAGUCUUGGCUUGCACCUACCUUCUGUCUGGGAUCUGGCUGCUGUCCUGCGGUCUGGUGGCUCCAGCUGUGGCUCACACCUACCAUGUGGAGUUUAAGAAUGAGGGCUUCACCAUCUGCGAGGAGUUCUGGAUGGGCCAGGAGAGGGAGCGGCUGGCUUACGCGUACAGCACUCUCUUCAUCACCUACGUCCUGCCUCUGUCGGCACUCUGCAUCUCGUACCUGUGCAUUUCUGUCAAACUGCGGAACUGCGUCGUACCUGGUCACCACACCCAGAGCCAGGCGGAGGCUCAGCGCAUGCGCAAACGCAAGACCUUCCGGCUGGUGAGCCUGGUGGUGGCAGCCUUUGGUGUCUGCUGGAUGCCCAUCAGUGUGUUCAACGUGCUGCGUGACAUUGACAUCGACCUGAUUGAUAAGCGGUACUUUCUGCUCAUUCAGCUGCUCUGUCACCUGUGUGCAAUGAGUUCAUCCUGCUGUAACCCUUUCCUCUACGCUUGGCUGCAUGACCGCUUCCGCGCUGAGCUCCGCAAAAUGUUCACAUGCCGCCGUCGCAUCGGCAUCUCGGCCAACAACUGCGCCACAGCCAGCGUGGUUUUGUGAAGCUCCCGUGUUUUAGGCUACUGUUGGUUAGUCCUUGCUUCUUUGGACAGUAGAGUAUACUCAUCUCAUUCUGGUAACGCAGAAUUAGAUAGCCUAGGUGUAGAUCGGUAGGAUCCCUAAGUCUGUGUGGUGAUCCAGCUUUCACCAUAGUUCAGUAGCCCAGUGUCAAAAAUGUCGCCCUGUUGUUUACCAAUAUGCUUAAAAAAGUAGGCUACUCCACCAAUUUAGCAUUGCACUCCUGCAACAUUGUCGGACUCACAAUGGACAGUUUGAAAAAAACAAUCAAAAUCAAUGCAGCAGAACCAGAUAUCGUUUCUUUUAUUCUUUCUGUCAAAACCUGCUGCCUACAUUACCCUCCAGUGUUGCGCAAGUUCACACUUCACAAGAGCUAGCUCAAAGUUCAGUUCACACAGAUUAAAAUGAACUAGUUCACGUUCAUUUCUUCCGUUUUUGUCCUUUACAAAAUGCUGUGAGUUUGACU